AUGCCGAUCUCGACGCAGGAACUUCAGUGCUUGCGGUUCUAUGAUGCGCAGACUCCGCACAGAUAUCGCUUAAGCACCAUGCGUGAGCUCUCGGCGUACUUUUCGCACGUCUACUCGAUCACUUUCCCCGUUCGACAUGACCCGCUGCCACUGCCACUGCCACGCAACAUCUACAGCACAGGCUACAAUGGCGUCCAGCUCAAGUCCUACGCAUGA